CUGUAAAUUCAAUUCAAAUCCCCAGUCUCCUAGUCUCCUCCUCUCAUCAUGGUUACCACCAAAAUGACUGCUGCCUUUAGAAACCCUAAUAGGAGACAGGUGGCGACAGACAAGGUGGCAGAAAAGCUGAGUUCUACUCUCUCAUGGGUGAAGAACACAGUAUCGCAUACAGUCAGUCAGAUGGCCAGUCAGGUGGCAAGUCCAUCUGCCUCACUACACACUACAUCCUCAUCUACCACACUGUCAACACCAACACAGUCACCAUCUUCCCCAUCAAAGUUGAGUCCAGACGACUUAGAACUCCUGGCUAAGCUGGAGGAACAAAACAGAUUAAUAGAGACAGACAGUAAGUCUUUAAGAUCAGUGAAUGGGUCAAGAAGAAACAGUGGUUCCUCUCUUGUAUCAAGUUCAUCAGCCUCCAGCAACCUCAGCCACCUGGAGGAAGACUCUUGGAUUCUCUGGGGAAGAAUUGUGAAUGAAUGGGAUGAUGUACGCAAGAAGAAAGAAAAGCAAGUGAAGGAGCUUGUUCGUAAAGGGAUACCCCAUCACUUCAGAGCAAUAGUGUGGCAACUUUUAUGUAAUGCACAGAGUAUGACAAUUAAGGACCAGUAUUCAGAACUCCUGAAAAUGACUUCACCUUGUGAAAAACUGAUACGAAGGGACAUUGCUAGAACUUAUCCAGAACACAACUUUUUUAAGGAAAAAGAUAGCCUUGGACAGGAGGUUUUAUUUAAUGUAAUGAAGGCAUACUCCUUAGUGGACCGUGAGGUUGGUUACUGUCAGGGCAGUGCUUUCAUCGUUGGAUUGUUGCUGAUGCAGAUGCCAGAAGAAGAGGCUUUUUGUGUAUUUGUUAAAUUAAUGCAAGACUACAGACUUCGUGAACUAUUUAAGCCAAGUAUGGCGGAAUUGGGCCUUUGUAUGUACCAGUUUGAAUGUAUGAUACAGGAGUAUCUUCCGGAACUCUUUGUACAUUUUCAAUCUCAGAGUUUUCAUACGUCAAUGUAUGCAUCAUCCUGGUUCCUGACAAUCUUUCUUACAACUUUCCCACUACCAAUUGCGACAAGGAUAUUUGACAUCUUUAUGUCUGAGGGUUUGGAAAUAGUGUUUCGAGUAGGAUUAGCGCUUCUUCAGAUGAAUCAGGCAGAAUUAAUGCAACUUGACAUGGAAGGGAUGUUACAGCACUUUCAGAAGGUCAUUCCACAUCAGUUUGAUGGUGGCCCAGAAAAAUUAAUCCAGUCAGCUUACCAAGUCAAAUACAACUCAAAAAAAAUGAAAAAACUUGAAAAAGAAUACACUACAAUAAAAACUAAAGAAAUGGAAGAACAAGGUGAAAUUAAAAGGCUACGCACAGAAAAUAGGCUUUUAAAACAGCGCAUUGAAACAUUAGAAAAAGAAAGUGCUUCCUUGGCAGAUAGAUUGAUACAGGGACAAGUGACCAGAGCCCAGGAGGCUGAGGAAAACUACCUCAUAAAACGGGAGUUGGCCACCAUCAAACAACAGACUGAUGCGGCCAGGGCUAAGCUGGAGCAGGCUGAAAGCACCAUCAGGGAGCUCCGGCACCACCGCCACUGGCAUAAAUGCAGUUCCACCUACAACGAAGAUUUCGUGCUGCAGCUGGAGAAGGAAUUGGUUCAAGCCAGACUGAGUGAAGCCGAGUCUCAGUGUGCACUGAAGGAGAUGCAGGAUAAAGUGUUGGAUAUAGAGAAGAAGAACAACUCAUUUCCUGAUGAGAAUAAUAUUGCAAGGCUUCAGGAGGAACUCAUCGCUGUGAAGCUGAGGGAAGCCGAAGCCAUUAUGGGUUUGAAAGAACUUCGACAGCAAGUCAGAACCUUAGAAGAGCACUGGCAGCGUCACUUAGCUCGAACUUCUGGAAGAUGGAAAGACCCACCCAAGAAAAAUGCUGUGAAUGAGUUACAGGAUGAGCUGAUGAGCAUUCGCCUUAGAGAGGCGGAAACACAGGCAGAAAUAAGAGAGAUGAAGCAAAGGAUGAUGGAAAUGGAGACACAGAACCAGAUCAAUAGUAACCAACUUCGAAGAGCGGAGCAAGAGGUGAACAGUCUGCAGGAGAAGGUGUGCUCGCUGUCUGUGAAGAACAAGGGCUUGCUUGCCCAGUUAAGUGAGGCAAAGCGCAGACAGGCAGAGAUUGAAUGCAAGAACAAGGAGGAAGUCAUGGCUGUGCGGCUCCGGGAAGCUGAUAGCAUCGCGGCCGUGGCUGAGCUGCAGCAGCACAUUGCUGAGCUUGAAAUCCAGGCAGCUACCAUGCUUAGUUGACAUUUAUGUGGGUGCUGAGGAGCUGAACUCUGGUCCCCCUAGAGGUAAGUGGUAAGUGCUCUACCUAUUGAUUAAUCUCCUCAGCCUUGGGGGCAUUUUUAUUUAUACAUAGCAUAAAACUUUUAAGAUUCACUAUUCUGUGACAUUAAGAACAUGCAUGCUGUUAUAUGACCACCAAUGCCAUCUAGAACUUCUUCAUUUUCUGCAUGAAACUCAGUGUGUCCAUUAAAUACUAACUUGACAUUCCUUCCUUUCAUAGCCCCUGGCAUUCACCAUUAUAGUGUUAGUGUCUUUUCUCUCUGAAUUUGACCACUCUAGGGAUCUGUCCACAUCAUGAUCUCAUGAUCUAGGGAUCAUGAGACAUCUCUGACAGGCUCGUUUCCCUUAGCAUGAAGUUCUUAGGUUCACUCAUGCAGUGUAUACUUUUUUUUAAAACUAAAUGCAUCCUUCAUUGCAUGUGCAGUAUAUUGUCUAUUCUUUCAUUUAUCUACCUUUGCUGUUGUGAACAAUGCUGCUAUGGCCAGAGAUGUGUAAAUACCUGCCAGACAUCCUGCACUCAGCUCUAUGAAUGCUCUACAACUACUGGGUUAUAUAAACAGUGCUUCUGUUUUUUUUUUUUUUUUUUUUUUUUUGGAAUUGCAAUGCUAUUUUCUGUAAAACAUAUCAUUCUUACAUCCGUAAUUUAGAGCACAAAAAUUCCAUUGUUUCUUCUGUUGGACACUUUUUUUUAAGAUUUAUUUUUUUACUUUAUGUGUAUAAUGUUUGGCCUACAUAUCACAGAACCCACAAAAGAGUUUCAGAUCCCUACAGAUGGUUGUUUUUGAUGCACAAAAGCUUUUAAUUUUUUUGAAGUCCAAAAUCUCAGCAAAGAACUUGGGUUUUGCUUUUGUUAUAGUUCUCAGUCCAUUUUUGAGUAACACUUUAUAAUGUCUCUGCACUGCCAGUUUUAUUUAAAAAAAGAUAAUUUACUCCCAUCACUUGUGAGGCUAUAGUAGGAGAUUACAAGUGCUGAAUUUCUGCCCCACCCUAAAGUAAUGUUGAGAAUCCUACUUUCCCCCUUAAGGUCUAGUUUUAUUUUGUUUUGUUUUACGUGUUUGAGUAUUUUGCCUGUGUGUAUAUCUCUGAACCAUGAGGCAGUCAUAGCAGGGUAUUGGGCCCCCUGAAAUUGGAACUAUAAAUGGUUGUGAGUCACCAUGUGGCUGCUGAAUCUUGGUCCACUACAAUAGUAAUAAAUACUCUUAACUGCUGAACCAUGUCCUGCCCCGUGCCCCACUUUUAUUUCUUUAAUUUAUAAACUAGGAUAAAGAAGUUAGUUUCCUAUAUGAACUAGGAUAAAGAAGUUAGUUUCCUAUAUGAACAAAGUAUUACAGGGUUUGUUUGUCUGUUUGGUGUAUUAGUUACACCAAACAGAGUUGGAGUUUUAUCAUCUAGAGAAGUCAGGGCCAGGCAGAGACUGAAGUGGAAGCCACUAAAGAACACCAUGAACAGGGCUACUCCACGUAGCUUGCUCAGCCUGCUUUCUUAAAGCACUCAGGAUCAACACUCACAAUGAGCUGGGCCCUCCCAUAUCAAUCAUCAAUCAAGAAAGUCUACCUGAGGCUUGUUCACAGGUAAAUCUGGUGUGUGAGGUCUUUUCCCAAUUGGGACUCCUUCCCAGAUGUGGCCUUGUGUCAAGUUGACAUAAAACUGGCUAGCAUGUUAGUUUAAGGUUUGUUUGUUUGUUUGUUUGUUUUGGUUUUGGUUUUUUUUGAGACAGAGUCUCCAUAUAUAGCCUAGGGUGCCCUGGAACUCACUAUGUAGUGCAUGCUGGCCCAGAAUUCCCAGAAGUACUCCUUUCUCUGCAUCUAGACUGCCGUGAUUGCAGGUAUGAGAUACCAUGCCUGGCUUGUAAAUUAGUUACUUAAAUUAUACACAAAUCUGUAUGGACUUUUUCAAAAGAUUGCCACCUGUCUUAGUUACUGUUCUAGUGCUCUGAGGAGACACCAUGACCAAAGCAUCUCAUAAGAGAACAUUAGUUGAGGGGUUAGUCAAUGGUCAUUAUGGUGGGAAGAAAACAGGUGUAGUGCUAGAGCAGUAGCUGAGAACUUUACAUCCUGAUCCACAAACAGCAACCCCAGAGAGAAGAGACAGGGAGAAUGAGUAGUCCUGACAGAGGCUUUUGAAACCUCAAAGCCUUCCCGCAGCAGUGCACCUUCAACAAAGUCACACCUCUCAUUCCCCCCAAACAGUUCCACUAACUUGCAUUCAGACAUAUGAACCUAUGGGGUCAUUCUCAUUCAAACCACUGCACCAUCUUUCUAAACACAAAACAACUAUGGUCUUUACCUAGGUGUGGUGGCUCAUGCCUGUAGCCUCAGCAGCCUCUGUGUGUGUAUGUGUGUGUGUGUCACACGUGUGAGUUUGCAGGUGUGUGUUCUCAUGCACAUAUAUGUAGAAGCUAGAACUGCGCAUGGUGUGGAAUCUUCUAUUGCUCUUAGUAUAUAUUGCCUUGAGACCCACUGUUUUGCUAGACUGACUGGCCAGUGAGCUCCCUGAUGUGGCCACAGGCUUGUGGACACUGGGAUUUACACUGAUGUCCUCAUCUUGUAGAGUAAACUUUUUAACCCACUGAGCCAAAUUAGUUUUUUUGAUAUUGAAAUACUUACUAAAACUAAGAAACUCAUAUUCUGCAUGUUUUGCUUAAGUGAAAUCUACAUGUUACAUCAUAUUAUGAAAAGUGAAGAAAGAUGCAUCAAAUAUUCUUAAGUAUUUCUCUAACUUGCUAUGCCAGGCCCUUAGUAAUCAUGUUUUCAUUUCCUUAAAAUUUUUUCCUUUUUUUAAUUUUAUUUACAUUUCAAAUGUUAUCCUCUUUCCCAAUUCCCCCCUCCCAGAAGCCCCCUAUCCUAUCUCCCUCCUUCUUCUAUGAGGGUGUGCACCCCCACCCCACCCCCACUCCUACCUCCCAGCCCUCACUUUCCCCUACAUUGGGGUGUCGAACCUUCACAGACCAAGGGCCUCUUCUCCCAUUGAUGACCAACAAGGCCAUCCUCUACUACAUAUAUGGCUGGAGCCAUGGGUCCCUCCAUGCGUACUCCUUGGUUGGUGGUUUAGACCCUGGGAUCUUUGGUUGGAUGAUAUUGUUGUUCUUCCUAUAGGGUUCCAAACUCCUUCAGCUCCUUCAGUCCUUUCUCUAACUCCUCCAUUGGGGACGCCAUGGUUCAGUGGUUGGCUGCGAGCAUCCACCUCUGUAUUUGUCAGGCUCUGGCGUAGCCUCUCAGGAGACAGCUAUAUCAGGCUCCUGUCAGCAUACACUUCUUGACAUCCACAAUAGUGUUUGUGUUUGGUGACUAUAUAUGGCUUGGAUCCCCAGGUGGGGCAGUUUCUGGAUGGCCUUUUCUUCAAUGUGUGUUCCACAUUUUGUUUCUAUAUUUGCUCCCGUAUUUUGUUACCCUUUCUAAGAAGGACCAAAGUAUCCACACUUUGGUCUUCCUUCUUCUUGAGCUUCAUUUGGUCUGUGAAUUGUAUCUUGGGUAUUCUGAUCUUUUGGGCUAAUAUCUACUAUCAGUGAGUGCAUACCAUGUGUGUUCUUUUGUGAUUGGGUUACCUCGUUUUCUGUUGUUAUGUAUCCCCCCCAUUUUUUAAAGAUUUAUUUAUUAUUAUAUCUAAGUACACUGUAGCUGUCUUCAGAUGCACCAGAAGAAGACAUCAGAUUUCAUUACAGAUGGUUGUGAGCCACAAUGUGGUUGAUGCGAUUAGAACUCAGGACUUUCAGAAGAGCAGUCGGAUGCUCUUAACCACUGAGCCAUCUCCCCAGCCCAUGUCUCCCCUUUCAGUUCUGAUUUUUUUAUUAAUUUGGAUACUGUCUCUGUGCCCUCUGGUUAGUUUGGCUAAGAGAAAUCACAUUUUGUUGCCUUGCUAUGAGGUCAGUUUUCUUAGAUUCCAGUGUGAGUGAGUGUAUGGGUUUAUCUAUGUUGAAAAUGAGAUGAUUUCUUUUUAUUACUAUUAAUUUUUUUUUUAGGCAGAAUCUCAUUGUGAUGCUCAUACUAGCCUAAAGUUUAUUGCCCCGGGCUAUCCUCAAACCCAUGAUCUUCUGCUUAUUUCUGAGUGCUAGGAUUAUAGUGUGUACCCUCACAACCAGCACAUUUCCUAUCUUUUUAUAGACUAAGUUGCAUUCUAUUGUAUUCAUUAACAUUUUCUCCAUCCGCUCAUCCACACUUGCACACUUGCACACACCCACACAUCCAGAGAUGCACACAUCACACAUAUAUAUGCUGAAGUUCCAUGUUGUGACUGCUGUGAAAUCAGUAUCUUGAAUCUUGAUUUCUAGACCAUUUAUUACCACAUUAGAGAUGUUGAGGCCCGGAGUGACUUCAAAUACUUCUUUCUUACCUCCAUAAUUCGUGCCAGAGGUGCAAGUGUAAGAUAUGCAAGCUUUCAGCUUCAGUAGCUAACAUUAUUUUGCACUUUAUAGUUACUUUCUUGCCAGUAUUUUACCUGCUGUAUGGACUAGUGCUAUAAAAGGCAAAGCUAGCAUUUUCUCCUGUCCAUUUUACUACUGAAUAUUUUUCUGAGUCAGAAAUCUCCCAUCUGUUUUUUUUUUUUUUCCCUUGGCCUCAGCUGGAGGAAACUUUCCUAAGUUACCAGAGCUGCCUUUGUUUGACAAAAGUGUUUGUUGGUUGUCUUUCCCUACCCAAAUCCUGUCAGAGUGCCUCAGUGUGAGAGCAUUGCCCUGGCUCUCAGCAUCAUGUCUCCAUCUCACACACAGCACUGCCCAGGUUUCUCUAGACUGUCCUGCAGGGGCCCUCAUGCCCUUCUGCACACUGUAGUCGUCUUUAACUUUCUGUACUUUCUACUUUUGAGGACGCUCACUUAUCCUUCUGGACUGAGGCUUGUGUGCUCCUGAUCUGACUUGCUGUUAAGUCACUUAGAAAGGAAAAUUUCAGUGAAUGUCUCAGUGGCUCAACAUGUAUUUAUUUUAUUUUAUUUUUGGUUUUUUGAGACAGGGUUUCUCUGUGUAGCCCUGGCUGUCCUGGAACUCACUUUGUAGACCAGGCUGGUCUCGAACUCAGGAAAUCCGUCCGCCUCUGCUUCCCAAGUGCUGGGAUUAAAGGUGUGUGCCACUACGCCCGGCUCAACAUUUAUUUUAUUUAAUGUAGAUUAGAUCCACAGACAGCAAUUGUAGCACUCAGAAGAUAGAGACAGAAGAUUGAAAGUUCAAGGCCAGCAUGAGCCUUAAAAACAACCUCUUAAAUUAUUUCUGUUUAAAUUUGAAACUUUUUUUUUUAAAAUAUAACUACACUUUAGAUAGUUCACAGUUGUGGAAAUAUGUCAGAUCAUUCUCAAGUUCCACUAGGUGGGGACUAUGAGUCUCUAUUUUGUAUCUCUUCAGAUUAAUACUUCCAGUUAGUGGUCUAUAGCCUUGGCUAACCUGAAACUCAUAAGAUAUUCUCGCCUCUGACUCCAGAGCACUAGGCUCAGCAUUUGUUACUUUCUCAUAAACUAAAAUUUUCAAGUCCUUGGUGUAAUAAAUCAUAUUGUUAUAUAACAUGAUUUUAUUUUGGACUAUGUAAUCUAUUCAUAUAAUUAAAGCCGUCUUUGUAGUGUAAUUAUGAAUAUCCAUCUAUCAUUGAUCUAUCAUUUAUCUCUCUGCCUGCCUGCCUAUCUACUUACCUAUGCUAAGGACUUAACCCAGGGCCAUGUGCAUUCUGCACAAUUAAUUGAUCAUGAAGUUACAUUGCAUUUGGUUCUUUUUAAAGCUUAGUUAAGACAGGGUCCCACUGUUUUCCAUGAUGGCCUCAGACUCAUGAUACUCCUGUUGGGGCUGUAAAGCAGCCGGACUUACAGGUGUCUCACAGCAGGCCUGGCUCCAGACUUCCAUCUUAGUAACGUUCCCAUCUUGAAAAAAAAAGGAAAAAGAAAAGCUUGCAUGUGUGGAUGUGCACUGCAUGCAUGCCUCCUGCCCCCAUGCCAGAGGAAGGUGCCAGCACCCUUGAUGUGGAGUUGGGGAGGGUUGUGAUCCACCUGGUGUGAGUCCCAGGGACUGAAUGCGGCAGGGUCUUCUGCAGAGCGGUGAGUGCUUUUAGCUGCUGAGCUCUCUCCAGCCCUCAACAUUCCAGUUUUAAUUACUACACUUAAAGCUGCUUUAUUUGUCUAUUUAUAUAUAGCUUUAAAAUAAAUGGAUUCUUAGGAUACAUAAAAGCAUAAUUGAAUAUAUUUAUGGAGUACUAUGUGAUGCUUCCAAUUACGUGUAUGCUAUGCUCUGUAUGUUGUUUAAAUCAGGUUAAACACAGCUGUUUUCUCAUACAUUUAUUUGUUCAUUUUGAGAUAGGGUCUCAAAAGCCCCAGAUUAUAAUUAAAACUCGGGACCCCAUGUGUGCACAUUAUGACUGUUGGCAUCACAGGCCUACUUCACUGUUCCUGAAACAUGGUCUUUCUUUUUGGUGGAAAUUUUGAGUGACAUUCCUUUAGGUUUGGAAAGUACACAGACUGUUUUUAUUAUCUGCAAUAGCACACAGGGAUUUUGUACUUCUUCUUACCUAAUAUCUUCCUUUUUCUUUCUUCCCCUCCCUCUCUUCCUCUUUCCCUCCUCUGUCUGUUUUAGGGAUCAAAUCUUGGGUCUCAAGCUUGCUAGACAAAUACUCUGCCACUGUUGUAUCCUCAUCCUCCCCACUUUGGCUAGGGCUUCAAAUUCACUAGAGGUAGCCUUGAACUCCUGAUCCUCCUGUACCUUCCAAGGGCUGGGAUCAUAGGCAUUAACCACAGUACCAGGCCCUUCAUCCUUGAUUUUUUUUCCUAUUUUUAACUUUGCUAUUUACUGGAGUGUCUGUGUGUAUGCAUGUGCAUGCCAUUGCCAGCAGACACCAGAGGAUGGUGUUGGAUUCCUCCAGCUAAGCAAGCUAAUUUUUGUGCUGCAUAAAAUCCUGUUUCAACAUUUUGUUUAUGGACUUAAUGUUUUUGGAAAUAUACUUCAUACUGGCAACUUUGAUUAUUCUAGCACACCAAUAACAAAAAUACUAGUAGCUGGCACUUCUGGACACAGAACGUGCCCAGCAGUGUCCUCAUCACAGCAGCCAUCUAAGACAGGAAUUGACUGGUAUCAUUAUGUUUGGAGAACCUGAGACAUAGAGAUUUGGACGUGAGUUGAUAUUUAUAAUAGAACCCACACUUUAGUUCUUUUCAAUUAAAAAUGUUUCAUUAGUACUAGAACAUACUGCUAGGGUAGUUAAAUUGUUUUUAUAGUAGAUUAGAUUGUCUCCUUUAAUAACUCCUUUAUGUGCAUCGUUCACUUCUAUUCCUUUCCCAUCAGGACAGUUCUCAUUCUUAGCUUCCUUUUAGACAUGAUUCCCUUUCCUUGGGUGUCAUAGGCUGUGCCCAGACCACAGUGUCACACAGCCUUUGGAACCUUCCUUCCUACUUCACUAGUGUUUCUCCUUUGACCUCCUCAGUUAUCAGUGUGAGUGGCGCAGCACAGCCUACUGUGCGCUUGUCCUUCCUGCGCCCCCUGCUCUGCAGCUCCGUCACACGUCCCACACCACUGUGGCCAGGACAUGGUUUUCAGGGUCUUUUUGUCCCACUUAUGUGCAUCCGAAGUUCACUGUGAGGAAGAACUGGUACUUGGUUUCAUUAUUUCCAACAUCAACAUAUAGUAAUAGUCAAAACAUUCUUAUUUAUUGAAGUGAAAAUGAAUACGUUUAUUUCUUGAAAUGCCAUUUUGAUCUUAAAUGUUCCCAUUUAAAAGAUAUGAAAAAGUGGUUAAAUUAUAAAUUUAAGUGGAGUGUUAACUUCAGUUCAUCCAAAAUUUGUGGAGUAUCUAUGACAUGCCUAUUACUAUUCAAACCACUACCUGGAUUAGUAAACAAUUCAGAAAUAUCUCCUUAUUUAGCUUAAUGUUAGACAGAAUAGUUUGGUGAACAACUCUCACAGUAUGUAGUUUAGAUGAUGAAAGUCAUGGUGAAAGAAUAGAAGAAAAAGAAGGUGCUGAAAUAAGACUAUUGCUCCCUUACUAAUGUAACCAGUAAGGCUCAUUGGGAGGGACAUUUAAACAAGGCUUUGAAGGCAGACAGGCAGGGCUGGAGGACUCAAUGGUAAAGAGCACGUGCUGCUCUUCCAGAGGACCCUGACACCUUUGACAUACAUACACACAUAAUUAAAGUAGGACAGGCAGAUUUGGGCAAAGAAUUCACUGCUAAGAGUAAGGACAAAGGCCUAUCCAAAGUAAAGAGCAAAUGGGAACAGUCUCUGGAUGGCUUUGACAAGAGAGGAGCAAGUCUGAGAAAUAAUUAGGACCUGUUACACAGAACCGAAGAACUUUGGCUUUUCUCUGAGCAACAUGGAAAAUCACUGAAAGGUUCUGAGUAUAUCAGAGAUGAGCUAGAUAACAUUUAGCCUAUUAAAAUGCUUAAAUUAAACCUUGUUUAGAGUAAUGCUUGUAAGAGUGUGUCAUCUUUAGAGUGGUGGGAAAUGGCAGAAAUCACCUUUUCUCUGUUGGUGUUUUCCACUGCUCUGUGGAUCCAAAUGUUGUUUGAACCCUGUUUUUACAUUGACAAUAUAUAGAAUUGUCUCUACUUUUCAAGUAGUGGGACAAGGCAUCGAAAAGUUCAUUUUAGCUCCGUUGAGGAAAAUAGGUGAGAAUUAAACCCAUGCUUCCUGAUUCUUAGUCCUGGAACUGAGUUUGUAUUAGGUGAUUUAAAAAAAAAAAAAAAAAGCAUGUUUGUUGUCUUAUCAAAACCACAUUAAACUGUGUACUAAGUGAGGCUUUACGUUUGUACUGCUAUGUUACAAAUAACGGAAAGUUUUCAUUUAAAAUGGUAUGGGUCUACUCAAACCUAACUUUGGUACUGUUCCUGGUACUUUGUAACAUUUACCCACUUUUGCUAGUUUGCCCAAUAGAUAACCUCUAGGGAUGCCUCAGAUGGGCAAUACCCCAACCACUCUUGGCUUAGAAAACGCCCACUCACAAUUCUGUUCUGACAGAGAAUGUGGGAUCUAGGUUUAAAUCAGUGUGCCCAGAGCAGCCUGCACUUUUGACAGAGAUAGAAAGGAAGUGAUAAGCUCUUUACUACCACUUUAAAAUUUUAAUCCUUUUAAUGGUGUGAAAUUACAGUGUGAUUUCUGAAUUAUGGAAUUUACCAUAAAGCUUUGUAAUUGAUUUGUACUUUCCAGCUUCCUAAAUUAAUAGUUGCACAGUGGGUGAUAGUUUAUAUGCUAUGUCGUAGCUGGCAAACUUCUUUCUGUUUGAUAAGAUUCCAUCUGAUCCUCAAAGUAUAUUUCUUUAUUGUUUCCCUUUUGAACAACUUAAUUAAAUUGUAAAAUAUUUCUCUUUUAGGGCUUUUGCUUCAGGCAUUCUAAAAUGUAGAAAUAGCUAGUUUGUAACUAUCUCAACAAAGAGAGCUGGGCAUAGGGACUAUCCCACCCUGCCUGCUGUCUUGUCAUUAGAGUUUGUAUAUGGCAUUUUAGGAUCUUCUUCCUGCACACAUGUUCCAUUGUGGACAGUCUGCAAACACUUGACUAGAGAAGCUCAAAGCCAUGAAAAAAGAAAAAUACAAAUCUGAGAAACUGUUACAGCCAAAGGAUCCUAAAGUCAUAAAUAAAUCUAUUGCUAUGUCUCGGGUCAAUGCUUACAACAGAAAAAGCAAGUGGGGAAGUCAGGCCCGGAGCUACAGAAAACAGAGCUGAGUACACUGUGGGCUUCAUUCAUAAUUAUGUAUCAGUACUGGUUCCUGAAUCUUUACAAACAUAACUGAAGAAUGUAAGAUGCUAAUGGGGAAAGUGCCUGCUCGGUACAUGGAAAUACCUUCUCAGUUUUUCUUUAAACCUAAGAUUAUUUCAAAUAAUGUCUAAUGUAAAUUAUAUCUCAUCAUUUUUAGAAACUUAGAAUUAUGUGGAAUUUUAAAUAUCUGUAACAAAAAUAAUUCACUGCUAGUUAAACUACAAUUUAUAAGAAACAUUUUCUAGCUUUUGUGUCUAAGGCUGAUCUUUUCAUGUGUACAUUUGUCCAAUCUUGUCAGAAAUGUCACUCUAAAAUACUAGUAUGUGUUUCUCUUUGUAAGUCAAACUUAGCCAUGAAAAAAAUGCUAGAAAAAUAAGUCUGACUUCUUUUCUUCCUCUGUACUUUUCAGAACACAUAUCUUAUAGAUACUCAAAUGUGUUUUCAUUUUCUUCUGGUUACUAAAAAGACUACUCAAACUUUGUGUUCAUAACUUUAAGUUACAGGAAACUGUUUUGAGGAUCCAUCAGUUAGUUACACACAAGGUUAGUGUGAUUUGUUUUUAGAUGUUUCAAAUGAGUCACCUCAAAGUCAUGGAGAGGUUACCACUUACCACAUCUUCUGUUCUGAUUAACUUUUUUUCUUGGGACUGCGUUGUAAAUCAGUAGUAACUUAUUAAAGUUAGUGGUUGUUUUCAAUGUUUCAGUAUUACUUCACUUAUUAGCCAGGGUGCUCCCUGUCCUUGGGACUGCGUUGGAAAUCAGUAAUAACUUAUUAAAGUUAGUGCUUGUUCUCUGUUUCAGCACCAUUUGGCUCAGGGUGCAACCUGUCAACUGUCUUGCAGUCAUCUAGUGCAGUUCCAAUGCAUAAGGCCUUUGGCUGUAAUAGACGAAUUGAAAAUAACCAAUUAGAACAAAACAGUCCUCACUCUGCUGUAAGUUAAUAUUGUGGCCUCUCUGACCGUUGAACCUAAUUUCAUAAUAUAGCCAUAAAAUGUUAUUUAACCUUUAAAAUAGUUAAGAGAUAGCUUUUUGAAAGUAUUCUGUAGAAACAAAGUAGUUUUGAAGGCGAGAGAGCUUGGCUCUGCCUUUGUGUGCUACAAUCUCUUCUUUGGUAGUUUUUUUCUCUGUGUCUGUAACAUAAAAAAUACUUUAAAAAUGUAAGCUCUACACUUGCAUCUAAGACUAAGCAACCUGUGUUGUGUCAUGACCCUGCUAAUACCACAGACCUUCUGUAAUACUACUCCCAGAGAGAACCCACAUCCUAUGUAUAACCUUAGAUUUAUUUUGAAAUCUUUAUGAAGAGAACAUGGGGGAGAUUACUAAUUGUUUCUGUUAUUUCCUUUAGGGUUGUAUAUUUAUUUAUAACAAGUGUUUUUAAUUUUAGCCAACAGGACUAAAAUAACAAGGUCUAUUAAGUAAU